AAAAUGGAACGGUAUAUUUUGGUAUAUUUCUUUGAGUCAGACCGUACAUUUUGACAUCAUCGACGAAAUUUAUGUUUUGUUUUGCUAUAACUUGUUAUAUCAAGUGCAUCAAAAUCGAAUAUUUCUCUGACCUGGCAAUUUACACCUUCAUAGGAAGCCCCCCAAAAAAAUUAUAAAUACAAAAAAUGUCUGUGGCGGCGGAGGCAGCGGCUGGGGAAGAUUCUAGUGAAGCUGCUUCAGAGCAUGAUUUUAUACAGUUGAAGAGCAUGCAGGAUGUGGAGGCCUGCGAUCAGCGGCAAUUAUACCAGUACAUUGAAAAACUACAUGGAAUUAUCCGAAAAUACGACACUAGGCUUGCGGCCAACAAACAAAAGCUGAAACAAACACAGCUGAGCCAGGAGAAGAAACUAUCUCAUACAGCCCUACAGUCUAGCAUCGAUUCAGACGAGGAAGAAGUUCCUGGCAAAAGUGAAAAAAAGGAGACUGCCGCAGAAUUUUCGGCAACAGACGCCUUCAGCUUUGUGGACGAGAUGCGCCAGGCGGCCAAGCAUGCGGAGAACCUAAACAACUUCGUGUAUGAGCCGACGUCGGGAAUGUACUACGAUCCGAAGACAGGCUACUACUACAACGCGGAGUACGAUCUGUACUACGAUGGCAACACAGGCUGCUACUACAGCUACGAUCACGGCAAAGACUCGUACGAGUUUCAUUCGCAGGCUCAGGUGCAGGCGAACGACGCAGCUAAGCCCGGAUCGGAGCCGGCGAGGCACGAGGACGAUGAGGAUGAUGAGGUGGAGUUCGACGAACUCGGAGGCGUCAUAACGGACACAGCAACGCUGCAAAAGAUUAAAACCGAAAAGCAGAAGCUUAAAGAACGAGCCGAAAAGUCCAAGCGCAGGGCGAAGAAGAAGAAGAACAAGAAGCACAGUAAGAAGAAGAACAAGAAGGAGCGUUGCCGCAAACCGAAAAGGAAACGUCGCAAUGCCGAUGAUAACGGCGACGCCGAAGACGGCGAGCUGUCCGAGUCAAGCGACUCCAGUUCCAGCUCCAACUCCAGCGACAACGAUAGCAGCAGUAGCGCCAGUGAAGACGACGGCAGUGUUCCCGUCUUCAAGGCUGCUGGACGCUUUCAAGACAUCGCCAAGAAGUAUCCGCCCUCGCUGCGCAUCAUUGUUCAGGAGACAAACGUGGAGGAGUUACUGGUCGGAAGCCUUCAUUUGAUCACAUAUAAGGGUGGAUCGCUAGGUCGCGAGGGCGAGCAUGAUGUCAUCAUACCAGAUGUGAACGUGAGCAAGAGUCAUUUGGAAUUCUACUACGAGGCCAAGUCGGGAAUUUAUAGAUGUCGUGACCUUGGCUCCCGGAAUGGCACCGUACUCAAUGGCAUGCGCAUGGCGAGCGAUCCGAUGGAUCUGGUACACGGGAGUGUUGUCACCAUUGGACAGACUAAGCUCUUGUGUCAUGUGCACGAGGGUAACAGCACGUGCGGACUAUGCGAGCCGGGUCUGUUGAUAGAGACGCAAGCGCCAGUGUCAGCAACAGCGUUGUCAUCAACUGCGACGGUAUUGUCUCACAAGGAGCAGCUGAAGAAGCUGCAAAAGAAGUACGGUCUGGAAAAUGAGAAAUUUGUUGAAGCUAGUGGCAAUGGACAGCAGAAACCAAACUACAAUGAUCGUGCGGCAACGCGGCGCGUCAACGUGGGAAGCAGUACGGACAAGGAGAAGACAGAGGUGGCGUGUGUGCAUACGGAGAUUGCCAGCUCAAACAAAGGGUUCAAGAUGUUGAGCAAGCUUGGGUGGCAGAAGGGCAAUACCCUGGGAAAGACCAACGCCAGUGCAGGCUUACUGACACCGAUUAAUGUGGUGGCCAACGAGGGAACCAGCGGCUUAGGGAGGGGUGAAACUAUCAGCGCUUCCAGGCCCGUGGACAAACGGAAGAUGGCCAAUUUAAAGAUUACCCAGGCUCGCUAUCAGCGAGCCAACGACAUAUUCGAACUGUCCGGCGAGAGCGAUUGAAAGGCCUUUACUUUUAAGAUGGAAACACAUUUAAUUAACAAUUGCUCAAACAUAUGCAUAGGUAUGUGUGGAUUAUGUGUGCAUAUACUUAUUGAUUUGCAUUUAUGUAUGUAUAUAUGUAUGUGUAUAGUAUUAAUUAAAAAUCUUUCUAUACGGUUAA